AUGACCGACAGCCUCAACCUCAACACGUUCCGUGUCAAGUUCGAAGCCGGCCGUUCUUUCGAUCUAGAAGAUGACAUGGAGUUUUGCCCAGGCCUGCUGUCUGAAAACGACUUGGUUUCCAUCCACAGUUCUUCUGAGCGCUCGUCACUGGCUAGCAAUUCUCCGGAAAACUCGCCGUCUCAGCCAUCGCAGGUGGCGCCAAUCUUCUCUCUGAACGCAUCAUCACCUUCAUUUACUCUCCCCACUCUGACGCAACAAGCAACGAAGCUGUAUCAACCUGCGGCCACUCGCGCCCGCAAUCCUAUUCCGAUUGUUCACCCUUCGUCGCGCCCAGCAUCGCACAUUAGCAUGUCUACUCCCAUUCCGCCUUCUGGGUCCCCAGGCAUGCGCAUCCCGCAGCAGAUCGGUGCCGUAUGGUAG